CUGACGUCACAUCUGCUCGACACAUCUUUGUCAGUGAACAAAAUGGCGACCUACUGUCUUACCGUUGCCCGGCUGCAGCUUGCCCUGGGCCAGGGUGUGCGGCGCUUGCACGUGUCUGCAGCCUUCAAUGCCAAGGCCAAAGUGUCAAUGAGCCGCUUUGAGCCCAGCAACUACGUGAACUAUGAGAAGCUCAAUGAAAAUGUUAACAUCGUGCGCAAGAGACUCAACCGUCCCCUCACCCUCUCAGAAAAGAUUGUGUACGGCCAUCUGGAUGACCCUGUGGGGCAGGACAUCGCCAGGGGCCGUACGUACCUGCGUCUGCAUCCGGACCGCGUGGCCAUGCAGGACGCCACAGCCCAGAUGGCCAUGCUGCAGUUCAUCAGCAGUGGCCUGCCCCAGGUGGCCGUGCCCUCCACCAUCCACUGCGAUCAUCUGAUCGAGGCCCAGAUCGGAGGAGCCAAGGACCUGGCGAGGGCAAAGGAUAUUAAUGCGGAGGUGUAUAACUUCCUGGCCAGUGCUGGAGCUAAAUAUGGAGUGGGCUUCUGGAAACCAGGCUCUGGCAUAAUCCAUCAGAUCAUCCUGGAGAACUAUGCCUACCCAGGGGUGUUGCUGAUUGGCACAGACUCUCACACACCCAAUGGUGGCGGACUGGGCUCCAUCUGCAUUGGAGUGGGAGGGGCUGAUGCUGUUGAUGUCAUGGCUGGCAUCCCCUGGGAGCUCAAGUGUCCCAAGGUUAUUGGGGUGAAGCUGACAGGCAAGCUGUCAGGGUGGACAUCCCCCAAGGAUGUGAUCCUUAAGGUAGCUGGGAUUCUGACAGUGAAGGGAGGUACUGGAGCCAUUGUGGAGUACCAUGGACCUGGGGUGGACUCCAUCUCCUGCACAGGAAUGGCCACUAUCUGCAACAUGGGGGCUGAGAUUGGAGCCACUACCUCUGUGUUCCCCUACAACCACCGCAUGAAGACCUACCUGGAGAAGACUGGUCGUGGAGACAUUGCUGCCCUGGCUGACGAUUACGCUGACCUGCUGGUUCCUGACACGGGCUGUGAGUAUGACUCGAUGGUCGAGAUCAACCUAGAUGAGCUGAAGCCCCACAUCAACGGGCCCUUCACCCCCGACCUGGCCCACUCCAUGGCAGACAUCGGGGCCACUGCAGUGAAAAAUGGCUGGCCCCUGGAGGUCAAAGUGGGUCUGAUUGGCAGCUGCACCAACUCCAGUUAUGAGGACAUGGGCCGCUCUGCCUCUGUGGCCAAACAGGCCCUGGACAAAGGGCUGAAGUGCAAGGCUGCAUUCACCAUCACCCCCGGGUCUGAACAGAUCCGUGCCACAAUCGAGCGAGAUGGAUAUUCCAAGAUCCUCGGUGACGUUGGUGGAAUGGUCCUGGCCAAUGCCUGUGGACCCUGCAUUGGACAGUGGGACAGGCGUGAUGUGAAGAAGGGAGAGAAGAACACCAUCGUCACAUCUUACAACAGGAACUUCACCGCCAGGAACGACGCCAACCCAGCCACACACGCCUUUGUCGCCUCCCCUGAGAUCGUCACAGCCCUGGCCAUUGCAGGAACCCUGGAUUUCAACCCUGAGGUUGAUUACCUCACUGCCGCCAACGGAGAGAAGUUCAAGCUGGAGCCCCCCAGUGCAGACGAGCUUCCCAAGUUGGAUUUUGACCCCGGUCAGGACACCUACCAGCACCCCCCUGCCGAGGGUGGCUCCAAGCUGAGGGUGGACGUCAGCCCCACCAGCACCCGGCUGCAGCUGCUGGAGCCCUUCGACAAGUGGGCCGGAGGUGACCUGGAGGACCUGCAAGUCCUCAUCAAGGUAAAGGGGAAAUGCACCACAGACCACAUCAGCGCCGCUGGUCCCUGGCUCAAGUUCCGUGGUCACCUUGACAACAUCUCCAACAACAUGCUAAUUGGAGCAGUCAACAUCGAGAACGACGGCGUCAACAAGAUCAAGAACCAGCUGACGGGAGAGUACGGCGGUGUGCCUGAUGUCGCCCGCCAUUACAAGGCCAACGGUCUGUCGUGGGUGGUUGUGGGAGAUGACAACUACGGUGAGGGAUCCAGCAGAGAGCAUGCGGCUCUGGAGCCCAGACACCUGGGAGGAAGAUGCAUCAUUGUCAAGAGCUUCGCCAGGAUCCACGAGACGAAUCUGAAGAAACAGGGAAUGCUGCCCCUGACCUUCCAGAACCCUGCUGACUACGACAAGAUCCGCCCAGACGACAAGAUCUCCAUCAAAGGACUUGCAACCUUCGCCCCAGGAAAGCCCCUGUCUACGGUAGUGAAGCACAGUGACGGCACCAAAGAUGAGUUCCAGCUGAACCACACCUUCAACGAGACACAGAUCGAAUGGUUUCAGGCCGGCUCGGCCCUCAACAGGAUGAAGGAGCUCCAGUAACUUGAGAAAGAGAGGGAAGAAGAGCUACGGAUACAGGGGGAGGGGUUGAGAGGAAAGGGGACAUGGGUCAGGCAGAGAGGGGGCAGGUUUGCCGUGUUUUAAAGAUAUGGGAUGUCUCAAUAGUCUUGAAUGGCUUCCUCCCGCUCCUUAUGUUUGUUACCACUGAUCUGUAAGGUGAAAGUAAAUUAAUGAUGACUCUAUCCACUCCGUUUAACCAAUCAGUGAUCAGGGAAAGGAGCAGAGGAGAGGAAGCCAUUUAAGAGUUUUGAGCCGUUGUAAAGAAUAAAAGCCACACCCCUCCAAUAUGAUGAUUCCGGUCCAGUACAAUCAUCAACCGCUGCAUGUGACAUCCACUGCCCCGCACUGUAUAGACAAGUCAAACACGAAACACAUAACUUUUCAUAUGUAAGAAACACAUGUCAAACCUUGCAGUACAGAUAGCAGGAGUGCAUACACACAAAACGGGUACUACUGUACAGUUGUUUAUGGUACUGUGAGCUGCUGUGGUAGACCGAUAAGUAACUGUCAGUCAGGCAUGAAUGUUGGCUCACAGAUACUUUAUACAAAGGGAAGCUUACCGUUGAUUGUCACACAUACAAACCAACAUGCUCUACUUUGAGCAGAACGGUAACCUAACACACUGCCAACUGCAGCUCCUCCUGUUAUCACAGCUGUUCAAACUGAUUGGUGAGGCUUGAAGUCUGUCAGUCCGUUCUGUAGUCACUCACCUUGUCUCUGAGUUGCACUAGUCUAGCACUGUAUCUGUUGUAUGCUGCACGAGCUAUCUGCUUUAGUGAUUGUGUGAUCAAGUGGCUGCUUUGUCCUUUCUGCUCUAUCCACACACAUCGUACCAUGUGUUUUGUUAAUUUUGUUGUAGAUUCUCAAAAAUACAAAGAAUAGAAUACACUUGCCGGUUUAAUACAAGGCAAAUUGACUUGUCUAUAUAUAUAUAUAUAUAUGUGUGUGUGUGUGUGUGUGCUGUACCUCUUUGUAACAACAUCCCACCACCACCGAGUAAUAAUAAUAAUACUACACAGGUCAAAGCUUAAAAUAUUUGAGUGAUUGUAUUUUUCCUCUCGGAAAGCUUGGAUGUGCAUUAAAAUAUGUUUUAUGCAGCCUCCUCAUAGAGAACAGUGUUGAUUAUACUACCAGACUCUUUCGCACUGUCCUGUGUAUUUUUUUGCGCCCUUUCUUGUAAUCUUACAUGUUAAAAUCCUAGCCCUUGUGUUUUUCAUUGUCUUUACCACAGAAGUGAACCCAUGUGUCAAAGAUAGACACUUAAAACCCAUUGCUUAGCAGUGUAUGGGAACUCUCUCAAACAUACUAGCUAACUCUGCCUAGAAACAUUUGAGCAGGGAAUUACACAUUUUAUGAAUUUUUCUGUAAUUAAAUUGUUUUUAUAGACCACAUUGAAACAUCGAAUCCAACUGCAUUAAAGUUGAGUGAUAAAGUGCAGCAGCUUUCCGAGUCUGUUGUGGUGUGUUCUGCUUUGCAAUGGGAGACAUUAUGCCAUGGACUCCAAUGUCUGUUAGAUAUAAAGCCCGCUCCCAUGUCUGUUAGAUAUAAUACCCCCCAGACAGGUCAGGGCUAGAUGGGAUCCAGCUUUUGUCAGAUUGGACUUUUCGUUGCAAGUUACAAUUUAUGCAGCAGGUUAGGAGAAUUAGGUUAAGGUUAGGAAAAGGGUUAGGGUUAGUUAAAAUUAAGGGGGGGAAAAUCUACUUUUGAUGUUAAUUUGACAAAAGCUGAAUCCUUUCUAGCCAUGAACCCCCUAGACAGAAUACACACACACAAGCCAAACAAUCUCAAUAACUCAUAAUAUACUAUCAUCACUACCCUCCUCCGGUCUACAGUAUGGAAAUGUAUGGUGUUUUUUCUUCUUCUGUAUUGCAGAAAUUAGUGCUAUUCAGUCAAAAUGGGUUGUAAAAUAAACAGACAUUUCAAU